AUGCUGUACACCGACUCAAUCGAUCUCAAGGAAGGAAGAGCCAUUUCUGCUCCUCCCGGGCCCCGUCCGGAAAUGAAAGUAACUAACUUCGCCCGCACCUACGAGACCCCCGACAAAGGCACCUACGCCCUGCUUAUUGAAUCUUGUGGUAAGUUUUUCGGCUGGUGGGGUAUCUGGUGUAUCUUUUGUGAGUCUCCUUACAAGGAGGUCCGUCAAGGUGAGGUUGGCUUGGUCGAAAAGUUCGGGGCUCUUUCCCGUACGGUGGAACCAGGGUUGUGUACCAUCAACACCUGGUCAGAGAAGCUUACUCGAGUAUCGGUGAAGGUGAACAUUGAUGAAUUGCCCCAGCUCACGUGCUUUUCAAAGGACAAUGUGUCGAUUUUGGUGACGUCGGUGGUGUACUACAACAUUGUCGACCCGUUUAAGGCCAUCUACGACAUUUCCGACAUCAACAUGGCCAUCAGAGAACGAACGCAGACGACAUUGAGGGAUGUGAUCGGCAACCGCUCGCUUCAAGAUGUGGUGGAGAAACGGGAAGAGAUUGCCCAAGACAUCGAAAAGAUCAUCUCCAAGAUCGCAUUCGACUGGGGGGUUCAUGUGGACUCAAUUUUGAUUAAGGACUUGACGCUUCCCAAAAACGUCCAGGAAUCAUUGUCUAAAGCCACUGAGGCCAAGCGAAUCGGUGAGUCUAAGAUUAUCAAUGCACGGGCUGAAGUGGAGCUGGCUAAGUUGAUGAGAAAGGCCGCUGACAUCUUGGCGUCGAAGCCGGCUAUGCAAAUCCGCUACCUCGACGCCUUACAAGCGGUGGCGAAGAAUGCUGGUCUGAGAGUGAUUUUCAUGCCAUCGUCACAAGAGGUCGAACGCUUAUCUGAGGGGGCGACUUAUCUGGGCAACCCAGAUAAAGCGAAGCCCGUCGACCUCGAGAUGGAUGACCAAUGGGACAAGCACCAAGACAAGUUCCAGCAAUUGCAGCCCGUUCGUCGCGAUAACAGCGGCAUCAUGAAUACCGUGGCGGUUAACGAGGCUCUCUACCAAUGA